CACAAUGCCCGACGCCAUCCUAGACGACAUCUCGCACCGACGCUUCAACCCGCUGAGGGGAAGUUGGAUCCUGGUCUCUCCCCAUCGUACCAAGCGACCAUGGCACAAGAAGGCGCGUCGAAGACGACACUUCCUGAUUAUGACCCUUCGCGCGACAGUNGCUACCUCUGUCCUGGCAACAAGCGCGCUGCCGGCGAUUCCAACCCCAAAUAUGAGAGCACCUACGUCUUCGUCAACGACUACAGUGCUGUGAAGGAAGAGCAAGCCGAAUACGAGCAGCCAGCCAACGAUGGCAGUAAGCUUUCACCAUCGCCAAUAUGGAGACUGGACCUCNUUACUAACACGCUCUUGCGCGCUGAGCCCGUCACUGGCAAAUGCUAUGUCAUUACCUUUGCUCCGACACACAACUUGACCCUCGCAGACCUUCAGCCCUCUCAGAUCCUCCCUGUCAUCAACACCUGGACCCAGAUCUACACUACCCAUCUGUCUCCCAAGUCCAUCCUCGCCGAGGUCGCAAAACCCACUACUGUUGCUCCCCAUGGCCAGGACCUCGCUGCACCGAAUGCUCAAUACCGCUACAUGCAAAUCUUUGAGAACAAGGGUGCUGCAAUGGGAUGCUCCAACCCUCACCCUCAUGGUCAGGUCUGGUGCACGACCGGUACACCAGAAGAGCCCGCUCUUGAGCUGGAGAGCCUGCAAAAAUACCGCAAGGAGCACGGUGGAUCACACAUGCUGGUUGACUAUGCCAACCUCGAGUCUGAGAAGAAGGAAAGAGUUGUGUUCGAGAAUGAAUCCUUCCUCGCUGUGUGUCCCUGGUGGGCUACUUGGCCCUUUGAGGUCAUGAUCAUCGCCCGCACUCACAAGCGUGCCUUGGUCGAUUUCAACGACAAGGAGAGACAGGAUUUGGCCGAGGCCAUCGCAGAAGUGACAAGACGCUACGACAACCUCUUUGAGACCCAGUUCCCUUACAGAACACCGGAAGAAAUCGAGGCCAGUCACUUCCACAUCCAUUUCUAUCCUCCUCUUCUCCGCAGCGCUACCGUGCGAAAGUUCCUGGUUGGUUACGAGAUGAUGGCGGAGCCUCAGCGCGACAUUACUCCUGAGCAGGCUGCUGCCAGACUCAGAAACUGCGGUGGAGAGCUUUACCGCAAGAAGCUGAAC